CAUCUGUAUGUUACUUGUUUAUAUCUGCUCGUGAAGUCAAUUGCGUUCAUAUACGAACUCACGACAAAAAAUUAACGAUGGUGUUAUUACCAAUAAGCUUGGCCCUAAUUACUAUAGUACUGUUGUGGUACUUCAUUGGGAUAUAUAACGAAAAUUAUUGGAGAAAACGUGGUGUUGCCUUCUACAGCAAAAAUAAGGUCUUGGGACCGAUAUGGGAUUUCUUAGUAUCACCACGUCCCUUGUUCCAGAUCUUUGGAGAUCUGUACAAACAAUAUAAACAUGAACCAGCCGUCGGUAUAGGUCAGUUCUUAACACCUGCAAUGUUUGUGAUAAACCAGAAAAAUGUGCAGCAAGUUCUAUCAGGUGACUUCCAAUCUUUUAAUCACCGAGGAGUGGAAAGCAUUGAAGGAGACCAAUUAAGUGAUAACAUUACCUUCAUGAAUGGUCCAAGAUGGAAGCUGAUGCGAUCGAAUAUGACUCCAUUGUUUACGGCAAACAAAUUAAAAAUAUGUAUUACAUCAUGGACAAAAGCGCUCAAGACUUUGUGAAAUAUUUGAAAAACAACCCCAAGACAUGUGAAGGCAAUUUAUUCGAAACGCUUAUGAUGUUCUGUAAUGCUGCUGUUUGUGGAGCUAUCUUCGGUAUUGGAUCAGAGUCAAUUUUUGAUACACCAUUCCUCAACGUUGCUAAAGGAAUAUCUCAAUCAAAUUUAUCCAUGAGAUUGAAAUUCGUUUCGUUUCUUCUUAGUCCAAAAAUGUGUUCAUAUUUGGGUAUAAAACUAUUCAAAGAACAUGAAGAGUUCUUCGUUAAAUCUAUUGGUGAAGUGUUGAAACGAAGAGAUCAGGAAAAUGUAAAGAGACACGACUUCGCGGACAUUGCUCUAGCUAUACAGAAGAAUGGUACCAUGAGAGACCGGACAACGGGAUACGAGAUAGAGCCUACGACCGGUAUACUCUCUGCACAGGCUUUGUUCUUCUUCACUGCUGGCGUAGAGCCUUGUGCUAAUGCGAUCUAUGCGACGUUGUAUCUUCUGAGUGUACAUCCAGAUAUAUUAGCAAAAGUGCACCAAGAGAUAGAUGAACAUUUUGUGAAAUACAAUAACAAUGUAACUUACGACGUCAUUUGUGAAAUGGAAUAUACAGAAAAGGCACUGAGUGAAGCAUUGAGAAUGUUUCCUCCAAUUGGAUAUUUGACUAGACAAUGUGUCCAGGAUACUGUCCUACCUGUAGGUAAUAUCCACGUUAAGAAAGGAACAAAAAUGUUCACUCCAAUUUAUGAUAUCCACCAUGACCCAGAACUGUAUCCAGACCCAGAGGUGUUUGAUCCAGAGCGAUUCUCCAAAGAUAGGAGACCCAAUGACGACAUUUAUAUGCCAUUUGGAAUGGGCAACAGAACUUGUAUUGGUGCGAGGUAUGCCAAGCUACAAGUGCAGGCUGGUUUAGUGCACGUCCUACGAAACUUUACGGUUGCAUCGAAGAAAACAAAUGAAAAGGUAACAUUUACCCAUGAUGCGUUUAAUGUGAGACUAAAAAAUGUUGAUGUUCAGCUUAUUCCUAGAAAUGUGAAAUAGAUAAUUUUGUGACACAAAGUGGCUGUUUAACAAAUGCGGCAAAGUUAAAUUUCGUGUAACUUGUGAACCAUGCACGUAAAAUAAUAUUAUUAGAUUGUGCAACGAUUACCUUAUUCAAUUUAAAUAAUUGUGAGUAAAAUUCAAUGUAACAAGGAGCCUUUGUAUUAUGCAAGGUACAAACCCUUGCCGUUUUGUUAAGUGAUAAUAAAUGAGC